UUCUCUCCUUGCUGCAAGUGCAAUGGGCUCUCGCCAUUUCCCUGCCCGGACGGUCCUGUUUGAAAGGGAGACGAGCGGAGUGACAUACCGAGUGCCAGCGCUUCUCCACAUCCCUUGUGUUGCAAAGCUGCUGGCUUUCGCAGAAGAGCGGCUGAGCGUUGAUGAUGCUCAUGCCAACUUACUGGUGCUGAGAAGGGGCACUUUCUACAAGAACUUUGUGGACUGGGAAGAUAUGCGAGCCCUUGAAACAGCAACUCUGGCACAUCAUCGGUCGAUGAACCCUUGCCCUAUCUAUGAUGAGCUUACAGGCAUGGUGUUCUUGUUUUUCAUUGCUGUGCUGGGCAGAACCCCUGAAGCCUUUCAGAUCAUCACAGGCCAAAAUGCUGCCCGCCUCUGCUAUGUGUCUAGUUCUGACCAGGGCAUCAGCUGGAGCCAUGUGACUGACCUCACCCAGCAAGUUAUUGGCGUGUCCAUUGAAGACUGGGCCACUUUUGCUCUAGGCCCCGGGCACGGCAUCCAGCUGAAGUCAGGCCGCCUGCUGUUGCCAGCCUAUGCUUACCAUAUCGACUGCAAAGAGUGCUUUGGGAAGCUCUGCAAAACCACCCCUCACGCUUUCACCUUCUACAGCGAUGACCAUGGGCAGAGCUGGCAGUUUGGCGAGUUCAUCCCAAACCUGCAGACCGUCGAGUGCCAGAUGGUGUCAGUGGAUGAGGAGGACGGCAGCAACGUGCUCUACUGCAACGCCAGGAGUCCUCUGGGCUUCCGGGUGCAGGCCCUCAGCACGGAUGAUGGGGCCGUAUUUCACUCAGGCCAGCUGGUGCAGCGGCUUGUGGAGACCCCGCACGGUUGCCAUGGCAGCAUUGUCGGGUUCCCAGCCCCGCUUUACUACUUGCGGCACAACACUUGCGUAUUCCAGAGAGACACCUGCUCUGAUAAAGAUGUGGGCUUCCUACCUCAGGGUUGGUCUGAUAAGAAACACCCACCUAGUCUUGCCUCACCUACCCCUUUUUUCUUCAGCCAGUCUCUGAGCCACCGACAGCCUCAGGAAACAAGAACUUCUAGCGUCUGUUCUGGUCACAUCCCAUCAGGUAAAGGACAUGCUGAUCUAGAACAUGCUAAAGCUGGAAGUAUUUCGCAAUCAGGCUUUUCUUUCCAAAUGCCAACGUGGGUGCUGUAUUGCCACCCAACGAGCUCCAGAUCCCGAGUCAACCUGGGGAUUUACCUCAGCACCUUUCCUAGGGAUGCUGACAGCUGGACUGAGCCCUGGGUUAUAUACGAAGGCCCCAGCGCCUACUCAGACCUGGCCUACAUUGAGCUGCCUUAUCCAGAUUUGUCAAUAACUGGGAUCCCAGCCAUAGCUUUUGCCUGCCUGUAUGAGAACGGGGUGCGGUCCCCUUAUGAGCAAAUCUCCUUCAGCAUGUUCACGUUGCAUGAAGUUCUUCAGAACAUUCCUCUCACAACUUCUGCCCCAGGUUUGAAGCAGCCGUCAGGUGGUAGAAAGAGAAAGGGGAAGAGUUGUGUUAUUUCUUAAAGGUCAUGACAGAGGGCCAAACUUAAUGUCGUGCUAAAGAUGUCACUAGAAACCAUGUAAAUUUUUAUAUUACUAAUAUCAAGUGCAAAGGCAGAUUUUCAUAGAGAAUGCAGCAAGCAAGAAGGAGUAGAGGUUUAAUCUUUCCCUCCUGUUGUAUUCUGUUAACUGAGUUUGCGUUUUGAGAAUUUUGCCCCUAGGAGCACCUAGUAGUUGAGGAAGGAGGUGGAAGGAGGGAGAAGAGAGAGGGAGCUAAGAAUAUGGUUGAGAAUGUCUCUGGAGGUUAUCAA